UGCACGGACAUCAAGCGAUCGUUUCUUUCUUGCCGCUAGUCACUACGGUAGAUCAUGGAGCUCUUCAAAUGGUCGACACUGAAGAACGCCAUUUGCUGAACUCAGCACCAGUGAGCCGCACGCAUGCGCCAGGCAGGGGCGUUGUCCAAUGCAGCGUAUUCUACCAGGCGAGUUGGCAGACCUGCAGAGGAACUCUCAGCCUCCAGUACUUUCUGUUGUAGCCUGAUUACCAAAGUCUGCCCAUGAAACCACAACCAUGUGCGUUGAAGACAAAACAUGAGGUGCAGCUGUAUGACCUUUGUACCAGUGGUCACCUGAGCACCAUGCGAGGCCACGCCCAGCCGGUCACGUCUCUCAACAUCCACAGUUCUCCUCCGAACACUCUGGUGACUGGGGCAGCCGACAGACGGGUGAGGGUGUUUGACACGCGGCGGGGGAGCCAGCCGGCCAUGACUCUGUCGGGCCACCAGGGAGCUGUGGUCUCCACUCAGUGCGAUGACUGGAAAGUUGCCAGUGGUGGUAAGGACGGGCUAGUGGUGGUGUGGGACAGAAGAAUGAGUGGAGAGUUGUGGAGCAGUCACGAGCGUCACCCAGUGGCCCGGUGCUGGUUCACCAGUCGCUACCUCGUGGCCGCACACCUCCCUCAGAGGAGGAGAACCGACGUGGUCUCUGGGGCCGCUGAACCUCUCCACAGAUGUCACCGGGGACUACUGAGGGUUAUGGACUUCUCCGUCGACCCUCUUUACUACACUCGCCUCCUCCCGAGUGUCUGUUCCAGUGGAUACGAUGAACCGUCCCGCUCCUUCUACCACCUGGACCUCAAACUACCCUAUGACACCAUUUCAUGAUACUGUCUCACUCCUUUUGCUCAUCUUAAAGUUUUCAGAUAGCAAUCUUUUGUAUAAGCUAUACCUCCCCCAUUACUGCUACUAUGGUUGCGUGUAGUUUGUACCACAUGGCUUUUUUGCAGCGAUGGAUUUAUGUUGUGCCGAAACGUG